CCCCUCCCUGAAGCCGCGGGCCCGCAGCCUGGACGACGGCAGCAGGAAAACACCGGGACGGGGAGGACAUGAGUCCGCGGACGGACAUGAGAGGACCGCGGUGACCGGAUAGAGAGCGAGUCUGCAGCAGCGUCUAGAGGACCAUGCAAUCAUCCCUCUCUUGGCCACACUGAUAGAAAAAGACUGAUCCAGGAUGGGUUUCGGUCGGGAUCUGAGAAACUCCCAUGAAGGAUUACUGAAGCUGCAGGACUGGGAGUUAAAGCUGCUGGAGACAGUGAAGCGCUUCAUGACACUGCGGGUCAAAAGUGAUAAAGAGUACGCUGCCCUGCUGCUCAGCAUGACGCAGCAGACGGAGAAACAGGAAAGUGCUGAUUACAUCAGCACUGUUAGCAAGUCAUGGUCACAAGUAGUCCGGCAUACUGAGGCAUUGGGGCGGGUCAUGAGGAGUCAUGCAGAUGACCUGAACUCUGGUCCCCUGCACCGCCUGGCCACGCUGAUCCGAGACAAGCAGCAGGUGAAGAAGAGCUACCAGAGUCUUCAUCUGCAGCUGGAGAGCUACAACUACAAGGUGACCAGAACAGACCUUGAAAAACUGAAAGUGACGUAUCGUCAGCUGAGCCGUGACGCCAACAACGCCAAAGAGAAAUACCGAGAGGCUCUGGCCAAAGGCCGGGAGGCAGAUCGAGCCCGCGAGCGCUACGACAAAUCGAUGACGAAGCUCCAUAAUCUUCACAAUCAAUAUGUUCUGGCUGUUUGUGGUGCUCAAACGCAGCAGGAGGAGCAUCGCCACCAUGCCGCGCCGGGACUGCUGGACUCGCUGCAAAGGAUGCAGGAGGAUAUGACUCUGGCACUUAAAAGUAUUCUGGAGGAGUACUGUGAGAUCAGCAGUCUUCUGACGGAGGAGAUUGUGAAGGUCCAUCAGGAGAUCUCGGCUGCCAUCAAGCAGAUCGAUCCCCUCGCCGAGUACCAGCACUUCAUUGAUGCUUACAGGUCUCCGGAGACACCGGAGGCGAGCAUUGAGUUUGACGUAUCUCUACUGGAGGAGACUGACAGUAUUCCGGCCAAUGAGAUCCUGUGGAACACGCUGACGGCUGACAGCCUGCAGGCCACGUUGUCAUCAACGACGGAGGACCUGGCUCUAACUCAGCAGAAUCUGCGGACGAAAGAAGCACUUGCCAACGACCUUGAUGCCAAAAUCCAGACGAGUCAGCAGAGCACUGAGAGGAAGAGCGACUGUGUCCUGCUGCUCAGUCAGAAACUCUCUCUUCUUGAACUUCGCCAAACCGUCCAAUCACUGCGCAGCUCCGAGGCACGCCUCGCCUCUCAGAAAUCCCUGUUGGACACCAAGAUGGCUGCGGCAGUUGCCUCCCCUCCGCCACCGCCGGCCCCCCCUGCGCUGCAGUAUGAGGAUGACACCCGCUCUGUCGGAUCCACUGACAAAGUGAAGGAGAAGAGCUCUCGCUUUGAUACCCUCCGUCAGUCUUUGGCUGGGAUGAUCCGACCUACUAAAGCCAUGCUGGGCUCCUCCUCCUCACAGUUUUUUGAUGUGAUCCCCACAUCGGAGCGUCCCCUGGCAGAGCAAGAAUGGUACCAUGGAGCCAUCCCUCGCACUGAGGCUCAGGAGUUACUACGGCAACAGGGAGACUUCCUGGUCAGAGAGAGUCAUGGGAAACCUGGGGAGUACGUCCUGUCUGUGUUUUCUGAUGAUCAGAGAAGACACUUCAUCAUUCAGUACGCCGACAGUCAGUACCGUUUUGAAGGCACGGGUUUCUCCACCAUCCCCCAGCUAAUCGAGCACCACUUCUCUACCAAACAAGUCAUCACCAAGAAGUCUGGAGUGGUGUUGCUCAACCCUGUCGUCAAGGACAAGAAGUGGAUCUUGAACCACGAGGACGUGGCGCUGGGAGAGCUGCUGGGAAAGGGUAACUUUGGGGAGGUUUUCAAAGGAACGCUGCAGCGUGACAAAAUGGCCGUCGCUGUCAAAACUUGUAAAGAAGAUUUGCCUCCAGAGCUGAAGAUCCGCUUCUUGUCUGAGGCCAGGAUCCUGAAGCAGUAUGACCAUCCCAACAUUGUGAAGCUGAUCGGCGUUUGUACGCAGCGACAGCCCAUCUAUAUCGUCAUGGAGCUAGUUCCUGGGGGAGACUUCCUAUCAUUCCUGAGGAAGAAGAAGGAUGAGCUGAAGACGAAGCAGCUGGUUCGCUUCUCGGUCGACGCUGCUGCUGGCAUGGCCUAUCUGGAGAGUAAAAACUGCAUUCACAGGGACCUGGCGGCGAGGAACUGUCUGGUUGGAGACGGCAGUGUGUUGAAGAUCAGUGACUUUGGGAUGAGUCGUCAGGAAGAUGAUGGCGUCUAUUCUUCAUCUGGACUCAAACAGAUUCCUAUUAAAUGGACCGCACCUGAGGCCCUAAACUAUGGUCGUUACACCUCAGAAAGUGAUGUGUGGAGUUAUGGGAUCCUGCUGUGGGAAACAUUCAGUCUGGGCGUGUGUCCUUAUCCAGGAAUGACCAACCAGCAGGCCCGAGAACAGGUGGAGAAAGGUUACAGGAUGGCGUGCCCUCAGCGUUGCCCUGACGACGUGUACCAGGUGAUGCAGCGCUGCUGGCAGUACAACCCAGAGGACCGGCCCAGGUUCUCAGAGCUGCAGCGAGACCUCGCCGCCAUCAAGAAGAAGUGACGACAGCUGCCACGCCCUCACAGCUUCACUUCCUGUUUGUCCGUGCACGGAGUGGGCGUGGCCUCAGUCCACAGACUGUAAAAUGCUGCAUUGCAUUGUGGGACACGAUGGAGGGGAGCUGAUGUUUCUAUGACACCCGUAGCUUUAAGGACACAACUUCCUGUUGGGUCCUCAUGUCUAAACCGGUGACCGUUUCUCACCUGGAACACGUCAGAGGUCGUUAUGAACGUGAGAUCUGGGCAGUCGGUCAGAGUCUGGCUUUACAACCGUAUUUAAGUCUGAUGCACAGCUCCCCCUGAGAUUCUCCAACCACGUACAAACCAGCGCAUCAGACCACUCUGGACGACCAGCAAACGUUCAACAAACGUCCAUCGGUGUCACCUGACUCGAACACAGACGUCGUCUCUGAAACUACUGCUGCCGCAGGUGACCAGCAGGGGGCGACCUCAACUAUUAAUGGCAUCAUGGCUCCUCCCACAGCUAACGUUUACCUUCCUUUUCAAAGAUAAGCUUCCUUACUGCUUACACGUUCCUUAUGCCGAACACACUGACAAGAGAAAGAGCAAACAAACCAUUCAAAUAAAGUAAAACACUAAACAAAUGCUAAAGUAAAAAAAAAGCAAAACACUAAAGUAAACCAAUGUUAAAGUAAACAUUAAAGUAAUCAAACUGUAAAAAUGUUUGAAGCUGCUAAAAACAGUUUUAUAUUUGUUUUUUCUUCGUUUACUCAGUUUUAUUUAUUGUUAAAAAAAAAUCUGUGAAUCCUCACAAAAAUCUUUUUUCAUUAAGAUGACAUUAAGCCCCUCCCCCCCGCACUGUAGCCAUGGUAACAUAGGGAUGUUUCCCCCGAGGACCAAUCAGCCCUCAGGAAAUUUUAUUUUGUUUGAUUAACUUUUAUUUAUUGUUUUAAUUCACUUUCAUUUUUGCAUUCAUAUUUUCUCCUCAGGCCACGCCCACUCCAUUUUCAACUACUGGGAGAUUUUCUGAGAUUUCCUCCAGACUUUUCUUAAAUGUAAAUAAGACUUGUUGUCAUGGUAACUGAACCAGUUAUAUUUCAUGUACAUUAUUUACAAGUGACAGCAGUUAUUCCUGAUUGGUCAGUUCAUUUCCUAGACUGUGAGGGCGGAGCUUGGUGAUGUUAAAGCUCAUGGCGCCACCUACUGUCUGUUUGUGUAAAUGAACUUGUUUUUUUCACACUAACCGUCUUUUAUAUUGUAAAACUUGAUAUAAGAAUAUUAUCAUUUAUUACCAAAAUAAAUCAUAUGAACACAU